UUAAAGGUACAAGUUCAAUUUGUACUAUAAAGAUUCUUUUUUAUAUAAAUAAAAGCACUGAUGAUAUGAAGCAUUGUAAAAUUCCCCUAUAUAUUUAUUUAAAUCAUUAUUAGCAGUUAUGUUUUAUUGUAUCUAUUUCGGUAAUAUUGAUUAUGGUAUUUUGUAAACAAAUUAAGUAUAUAUUGUAUAAUAAAUUACAUUUAUUAGUUUUUAAUAAAUUACAUUUAUUUUUAUUAUAAUUUAAAAUAAAAAUUAAUAUUAUAUGAUAUCCAUUUUGACAUAUUUGAAAUAUAAAAAUCUGUUAGACUAGCAUUCUAUAGCAUCAUAUAUAAUUCAUGAACUAUCGAUUCUUCUAUAAUGAUAACCGAUCUCUACGACAAUUCCUAAUAGUAUCCCCACAAGUUAUUUUGUUUGAAUGUUAUGAAAGUGGAUCUCUCCUUGCUUACCAAACUUUGACCAAUCUCCCAUUCUUCUUUAAGUCAACGUAGAAUGAUCAUUCUACUCCUCACUUAAUUCAUGAUUUACAAAUUAAAAUUAAAAUCGCUAUAGAUAGAAGAUGACAUUCGUGGUAGGUUUUAGUAUUUUCAUUGUCGACCACUAAACUUUCCUAAGCUAUUUUUAUAAAUUGGGCAACCAAAUUUGGAGAUCUUUAAGAAAAAAGAAAUGCAUAUGUAGGAUAAUAGUCAACGCCUACUGGUUAUUCAUUAAGUUUUCAAUCUAUCGAUUAUAAAAUUUGUGUUGGUCACAUGGUUGUUUACCGGUGUUAAGGAAAGUAUAAAUCUCAUAAAAUGUUCAUGAGAUGUAAAUUUUACUGUGUGUAAUGUUCAGUAUUUCCAAACAUUUUACUAUUAAAUAUUAACCUUCGCUGAAAAAGGUAGGAACAACCUAUUACGAAGAACAAUGUUUCGUUAUGGAAGACAAAGUCAUUGUAAUUGGUGGAGAUGAUGGUGCUUUAGAGGACUAAGACACCGCAAUCACAGAAAAUUCAAAAUAAUUUUUUCACUAAUUCUUGACAUCGAAGAACAAAUAGUGUGGCCGUGUUAUUAAGUUUCUUAGAGUCAAUUUCCUUUAACCUUCUUCUGAGUGUCAAGGAACUAUUAUUUCUCAUUGUUUUUCCUUUUGCUACUCUUAAUUAAUCCAAUGGCCUUAUUAAUUUAAGAAAUUCCUUAAAGAUUUGGUUUAAAGCAUUCAUAUUGGUAUUGCAUUCUCAAUUGCUUGAUGACAUGACAUAUGUGUUUGCAAUUGCAUUGAUGGGGCUACCAAUUGCAUAUUUGCAAGUUUGCAACAAAUACAAUUGCAUAUCCAAGUCAAAAAGGCCUAAAAAUAGAGGUUUUUAUUUAAUAUUAUUUUCUUUUCUCUUUCACUUUAUUUAUUAUAAUUUAAACAUAAUAUUUAAUUACAUAUACAAUUGAAAGUUAAUUGUAUUGAUGUAGAUGAAUGAAAUGAAACUAUGAAAGUGAUUUGAGGUGGAUUGAAAAAAAUUGAGUUGGCAAUAAAGCGAACAAUUACAUUUAUAUGGAUGGUCUAACGAUGGAAUUCCAACUGGAAAUGGUCGACACUAGAGUGGACAUUCAUCAGGAAACCAGCUAGCUAAAUUGGAUGAAGGAAAAGCUGCCGCAUUACUCGUGUUUCGGAGCCAGUGGUUAGUUUAAUUUUAGAUUUCCUUCUGAAUGCAUUAGUUUUGAUUCGAUCUCCUACUUAAUUAUAUAUUUGUAAUCAAAUCUUGUUUUAUAAAAACUAAAAUGAUUUGGUUGGACUCCUACAUGUAUCCAGAUUCUGGGCUAUCGUACAACGAACAUGGAAUAUGAUUCAAUUCUUCGUCAGCAUCAAUCACAACAUCAAUAUCUUGUUUCUCUCCUUGGAUAUAAUUCUAAACAAAAUCCUACUAAUUCUAUUCUAUCCUAUCCCUGCUGCAAAUCCAAAACUAAAAAAAUCUACCUUCUUAUCCGAAAUUUCCAAUACCAUAAUGAGCAGGCCGAGCGUUAUUAAUUCUUCCCAUAAUAACUUUGCAGAGCCCCGAUUCUCUCCUCCUCUUCUCCUUCCCCUUCUCCUCUCUUCCUCCAUCUUCGCCCCAGUGUUUCUAUUUUCACACAGACCAGAUUAUCUCCGAGCUCUGAUUCAAUGGCGGCCCUCCCUCCCGGCUCUUUUUUCCUCGGGUUCGACUCAUCUACCCAGUCGUUGAAGGCGACAGUGCUGGACUCCAAUCUGAACGUGAUCCAAUUGGAUCAAAUCCAUUUCGAUUCCGAUUUGCCCCAUUACAAGACCAAAGAUGGCGUCUAUAGAGACCCAUCCGACAGUGGCAGAAUCGUUUCCCCUACACUAAUGUGGAUCGAAGCUCUCGAUCUCGUCCUCCAACGCCUCUCCAAAUCCGGUUUGGAUUUCGGGAAAGUCGAUGCUCUCUCCGGCAGCGGCCAGCAACACGGCAGCGUUUACUGGAAGAAUGGCACCUCUUCCUUGCUCUCCUCUCUGGACCCUAACAAGCCAUUGUUGGAUCAGUUUGGCAAUGCGUUUUCGAUCGGGGAAUCGCCUAUAUGGAUGGAUAGCAGCACCACGGCGCAAUGUAGAGAAAUUGAGGAAGCUGUUGGUGGAGCGAUUGAGCUGGCUCGAAUCACUGGGUCUAGAGGGUAUGAGAGGUUCACUGGACCUCAGAUCAAGAAGAUAUUUCAGAAGCAACCUGAAGUUUAUAACGGUACCGAGAGGAUUUCACUUGUUAGCUCGUUCAUGGCGUCUAUCUUUGCUGGGAAGUAUGCUUCCAUUGAUCAUGCUGAUGGUGCUGGUAUGAAUUUGAUGGAUAUUGAGAAAAGGACCUGGUCUAAAGUAGCUUUGGAGGCUACUGCACCAGGUCUAGAGGAAAAGCUUGGCCCUUUGGCUCCAGCUUAUGCUAUUGUUGGCUCUAUUGCUUCUUAUUUCAUCGAAAGGUACAAGUUCAAUAAGGAUUGUUUGGUUGUGCACUGGUCUGGAGACAACCCCAACAGUUUAGCUGGUUUAACCUUGAGUGUUCCUGGUGAUCUGGGAAUUAGUCUUGGCACCAGUGACACUGUUAUCGGGAUAUCCAGUGAUCCAAAACCUGGGUUGGAAGGUCAUGUCUUCCCUAAUCCGGUAGACACAAAAGGUUACAUGGUAAUGUUAUGUUACAAAAAUGGCUCUCUCACUCGAGAAGAGGUGCGCAACAGUUGUGCACAGAGCUCUUGGGAGACCUUCAACAAACUCUUGGAGCAAACAUCACCUCUUAAUGGUGGGAAAUUGGGUUUCUACUACAAGGACCAUGAAAUACUUCCUCCACUCCCAAUUGGUUUCCAUCGCUACAUUCUCCAAAAUUUCAGCGGAGCGUCCCUAGAAGGGGUGAAAGAACAGGAAGUGAAAGAAUUCGAUCCUCCUUCAGAGAUUAGAGCAAUCGUCGAGGGCCAGUUCCUGUCAAUGAGAGGUCACGCUGAGAGGUUCGGGAUGCCGGUACCUCCAAAGCGUAUAAUAGCCACAGGUGGUGCAUCAACAAACCAAAGCCUGUUGAAGUCGAUGGCAUCCGUAUUUGGCUGUGGAGUCUACACUGUCCAAAGACCUGAUUCUGCUUCUCUAGGAGCUGCGCUGAGAGCUGCACAUGGCUGGAUCUGUAAUAAGCAGCGCAGUUUUGUGCCGAUAGCAAACCUGUACAGCGACAAAUUGGAGAAAUCGUCAUUGAGCUGCAAGCUGUCGGCUAGUCCUGGAAGCAAUGAGGUGGCGUCAAAGUAUGGUGUGCUGAUGAAGAAGAGAAUGGAGAUCGAGAAGCGGCUGGUGGAGAAGUUGGGACGCUACUAAUUCUUGGACCAGAGAUCAUGUUUUCCUAGGCUCUUAGUACAUAGGUUUCGUCGUCACUCUUUUGUAGUAAGGAUUCUUUUUAAAUGUAGCUUUGUGAGGAAGUUGGUACUCAUCAAGAGACUUUUUUCUCACCAUGAAAGUCGGGAGACACUCAACAAGGGGUGUGGUUGGAAUGAGAGAAGGGAUGCCUAUUUAUAGUGUUGGCAAUCACUCUUUGCGAGAAAGAGAAUGAUUGCUUGUCCUUCAAGAAAGAAGUUGCUUGAUCACCAAGGGAGAACAAGUUAUUGGGAAGAAAGAGAAAAAUAGAGCAUUUAAAACGAAGCAAAGUCUCGAUCUCAACUAGGGAUGGCAAUGGAUCGGGUUGGGGCGGGUUUUGUCAAACCCAAACCCAUGGGUUUAUCCGCCAAAAAAACUCGGGGUAAAACCCGUCGGGUUUGAAAAACUCAAACCCAACCCAACCCGCUGGGUAUCCACGGGUUCAUGGGUACUCGUCCGUGGGUUUUUCUAGUAAAAAAUUUACAAUAACAAGUUUCUUUCAAAAUAAAAGUUUAACAUCAAU